AUGGACGCCCAAGACAUUUACGCUGAGGUCGGCAAGCGGUACUCAGCUGCUGCUGCGGGUGUCGAAGCUCAAUAUGCCGAUUCGGUGGCAAAGUCGUUUGGUUAUACAAAAGAAGAAUUGUCAAACAUUCCCCUGGAUGCCAAUUUAGGUCUCUCUUGCGGCAAUCCUCUCGCGAUCGCGACCUUGCGUGAGGGAGAGACUGUAAUCGAUCUUGGAAGCGGUGCUGGGCUUGAUGCCUUCCUCGCCGCCCGCAAAGUAGGGUCCAACGGCAGAGUAAUUGGCGUAGAUAUGAACGAGGAUAUGCUUAAGAAAGCAGAGGGGCUAAAGGUUUCGUGGGGCAAGAAUAAUGUGGAGUUUGUGCAGUCACGAAUUACGCAUAUUGCCCUCGAGGAUGGCAUCGCAGAUUGUAUCAUUUCCAAUUGCGUCAUCAAUCUUGUCCCAGAAGAAGAAAAACAGGUCGCCUUUAAUGAGAUGUUUCGUCUCUUGAAGCCGGGUGGGCGGGUUGCCAUUUCGGACAUCCUUGCCAAAAGCCCACUGCCAGAUAAUAUCAAGAUGAGCAUGGCUUUGUACGUCGGCUGUAUUUCCGGCGCAAGCGAGGUCAGGAUGUAUCAGCAAUACCUGAAAGAGGCUGGAUUCAAUGGGAUUAUUAUACAGGAUUCGGGAAACGACUUGAAUGUCUAUCACAACGAAGCGAUCGAUAGCAGCUGCAAAAGUCUUUCCACUCAUCAGUCCGAUUCUGGAGAGCAAUACAAGGGUUGUUGUGCACAAACAGGCUACAGUUCAACAGAAAGUGGCUUGGUAGAUGUUGGAGGCAUUGACUUCAAUGAAUGGACUGCUUCGUACAAAAUAUUUGCUGUCAAAGAGUGA